ACACACUCUGUACACACAGACUGCACACUUACUGCACACACACAUACUCUACACACUUACUACACACUAAUUACACACAUUGCACACACACACACAUAAUCUACACACAAACUCACUGCACACACACUUACUACACUCUCUCUCUUUGCACGCACACUUUCUACACACAUACCCCCUCUACACACACUCCUCCUCUCCCACAUGACGCCAUUUACAGCAUAAACCCUUCCUCCUCCUCCUCCGGAAAGUAGAAGAAAACACACACACGCGCGCACACACACGCACGCGCACAGGGCGCGAGGAGUUUGUGCAGGGGGAGAAAAGUGUUAAAAGUCGCCGCGUGUUUUUUUGUUCGAAACUUUGUAACUUUUUUCCUCGCGGAUCUCGCGCGCCGCUCUUCCCGCCCCGGAUCCUCCGCGAGCCCUCGCGAGCUCUCCGCUCCCCGCGCGCCGCUGUUUUUGUGAAUGGAACUGGGGGAGCGAGCUCCGGCCCAGGCGCGCGACCCGGGAUUUACGCUGUAAGCGAACCAGCCGGAGCGGAGGCGCGCGCUGACACCACGGACUUCAGAUGUGUUCCCGGCGUGCCGGAGAGUCCCCUCUUCAGAGCACAGAUGGAGACGAGAGCUCAAAGUGGCGGCAGCAGCGGGCCGCCGGACGGCGGAGACGGCGGCGAGGAGGCACGGGAAGCACCGGUCCUGCUGUUGCACCAGAUCCGGACCGUUCACGUCAGCAAUGAGUACACAGAGGGGCCGGUGGCUAUCUCCGCUCGCUCCCGGACUCCAGACUUACGACCUUCUGGUCCAACGAUGGAUGAGGGAAUGAUGCAGGACGGUUCUUGGACCUUGUCUUCUGGGAACUCUGGGGAAGUUGUGGAUUCUCAAGACUUUCAGGAUUCUGGACACUCUAGAGAUGUGCAGACUCGGGAUUUGCACGAUUCUCGGGAUUCUUCGCAUGGUCCGCACGGUCCGCACUCUGCCCAGAGUCCGGCAAGCCGAUCAACCAGCGGCACCAGCGAGGGGUCCUACAGCAACUCCUCGGAGCAGCGACUUCUGGGAAACGCGAGCAGGGCGGCAGUUGAGCAGGUGCAAGUGGUUCAAGCGCAACCGAAGCGCUCCGAAGCCAAGAAAGAAGAGUUGAAGCCUCUGACUGUGAGCGCCGGCAGUGGAAAGCAGCACUCAGACCGGUGUGACCGGUGCCGUCGCUGCAAGUGCGAGGAAUGCCGCAGUCCGAGGUCGCUCCCGGCCUGCUGGCUCUGCGGGCGUCGCUGCCUGUGCUCCGCCGAGUCCGCCGUCGACUACAUGACUUGCGCCUGCUGCCUGAAGGGCAUGUUCUACCACUGCUCCACUGACGACGAGGACGUCUGCGCUGACAAGCCUUUCUCCUGCCAGCAGCCGAACUGCUGCGUCCGCUGGUCGGCAGCCGGCGCGCUGGCGCUCAUCUUGCCCUGCCUGCUGUGUUACCUCCCCGCCCGUGGCUGCCUGGCACUGUGUCAAGCCUGUCACGACCGCGCCCACCGGCCCGGAUGCCGCUGUCAGGAUGCUGGAGAUUCGCUCUGCAAGGACAGUACAUAAAAAAAGAAACAACAACAGAAGAACCUGAGCAUUUGUUCUUUGUUCUUUUCUUUGACAUUGUAGUUUUGGCACUGUAGACCAAGAGAGGGAGAGGGGACCGACGGACCGACGAGAGUGUCGGUGUUUGAAGUUUGAAGUACGUUUGUUUGUUCUUUGUUGUUUUUAAUUGUUUGUUCCCCUUUGUCAUCGCGGGGGAAGCUUCCCAAGGCAGGACGUGUUUACGCAAGCGGGCGGUUUCAGCCAAAAGCGAGGAGGACUGUCCAGGACUGUCCAGUUGGAAAUGACCCUUCCUGCCCUGGAUGGAUUGUAGGCUUGAUUUAGGACCCUUGCUUGGUAGAAGAUCUUCUCUGAUUGGCUGGCUGUCACUCCUGCAACAGGGCACAACAGUCCUUUUCUUCUUUUUCUGUUGUUUCACCGAAGUCCAGAAUGUUAGCAUUAUUGACGUUCAGUAACACAACUGAUAGCAUUGUUCAGACUAACAGGUAACACUUCCUAUGAAUGCUGUGUACUUAAUGCAUCAUAAGACAUACCUUAUAUAACCUUAUAAUGUAUAAUGACUGUUAUAAGGUUGUAUAAUAAUAAGUGUAAUAUAUAGUAACAGCCACAUACAGGUUAUAAACAUGUUUAUAACAUGUGGUAAAAUAUUAAAAAAAUAUGUGACUUUAUAAAAAGAGUUUUCAUAAUGACAUAUAAGUUAUAUAGGUUAUAUAUACAGCUCUGGAAAUAUAAUUAAGAGACCAACCACUUUCUUCAAUUUCUCAAUCAGUUUUUCUGAUUUUGCUAUUUAUAGGUAUAUGUUUGAGUAAAAUGAACAUUGUUGUUUUAUUCUAUAAACUACAGACAACAUUUCUCACAAAUUCCAAAAAAUGAAAAUAUUGUCAUUUAUUUGCAUUUAUUUGAAAAUGAGAAAUGUCUAAAAUAAAAAAGAUGUAGAGCUUUCAGACCUCAAAUAAAGCAAAGAAAACAAGUUCAUAUUCAUAAAGUUUUAAAAGUUCAGAGAUCAAUAUUUGGUGGAAUAACCCUGGUUGGUUUUUAAUCACAGUUUUUUUCAUGCAUCUUGGCAUCAUGUUCUCCUCCACCAGUCUUACACACUGCUUUUGGAUCUUCUUCACACUGCUUUUAGAUCCAUCUUCCUCUUAAUUAUAUUCUAGAGGUUUUCAAAAAUGAGUAAAAUCAAAGAAACUCCUAAUUUUUAAGUGGUCUCUUAUUUUUUAUCCCAGAGCUAUAUAUGUUAUAUAUAUAUAUAUAUAUAUAUAUAUAUAUAUAUAUAUAUAUAUAAAUAUAUAUAUGUUUACAAGAACAUUAUACAUAGUAAUGUGGCAUUAUGAAACCUUUUAUUAUGAAAAUAUAUAUUUAUUUUCUAUAACAUGUUAUAUAUGUUGCUAUAGAUAGUUAUUAAUGAGUUAUUAUACUAUUAUAGUUAUAAUAAACUAUAUGUCAUUAGAUAUUAUGUAUGUUAUAUAAUGCAUUAUGAAUACAGGAUUCAUAGGAAAUGUUACCAACUAACCUUGUUGAAAGUUUAAAGUUGUGAAUUAGCAAAAACAUUUCCUUUUCUCAGAGAUCUUAUAUUUUUGUACAUAUUUCAACUGUGAAAAGCAGCGUGCCAAACCAGAGGCGCCUCAACAGAUCUUUAUAUACAUAAAUAUAUAUAAAAAUAUAAAUAUAUGUAUGAAACAUAUAAUACGUAUAUAUAUAUAUAUAAAUAGAGCUGUACAUUCUUUUCGAAUGUACAGCAAUCAAUUUUUUUUGCUAAAUAUAUAUAAAUAUAUAUGUAUAUAUUUUUGCCUUACAAAAGCCUUACCUUAUACUGAAUUUUAUUCCUACAGUUCUACGUGUAAAAUUGUACAGCAACCCUCAGAAAAAAACUUUUAUUUUCUAAUUUCAACACAUUGUUUAGUGUAAAGAAUAUUUAUUUGAAGUUUUAUUAUUUUAUAAAGAAAUAUUUAUUUCGAGAGGCAUCUUAUAGACAUCACUCUAACUUUUUUUUCCAGACAGAGGAAGAAGAAAAUGUUGAUAUUGUUGCUGCCGAUAAGAUUGACGUGGGUGUCAUGUACGAUGCAUAUGUUCACUAUAAAGAAUUAGAAAAUAUAUUAACGUUUUUCGAAAUCAAACAGA